GUCUCCAGUAAAUGACCGGGGGAUCCCGGCAAGUAACAUGACGAAAAAGAAGCGGGAGAAUGUGGGCGUCGCGCUGGAGAUCGAUGGGCUAGAGGAGAAGCUGUCCCAGUGUCGCCGCGACCUGGAGACCGUGACCACCAGGCUUGAGAGAGCCAAGCUGAGCCCAGAGGCCAGGAGGUCUCUGGAGAAGGAGAAAAACAGCCUGAUGAGCAAAGCCUCUGGCUAUGAGAAGGAGCUGAAGCUGCUUCGGCAAGAAAACCGGAAGAACACGCUGCUCUCCGUGGCCAUCUUCAUCCUCCUUGCCCUCGUCUACGCCUACUGGCCCCUGUGAGUUUGGGAGUCCCCACAGGCAGCCCCGACUCCUCUCAGCCACUUGGCCAUGCCCGUCGGCCCCCAGCGGACCUAGGUGCCAGGGCCUCAUGCCCUGCACGGCUUCCCAUUGGCGCCACUCUCCUGCUGCUCCAGCCUGCUGUGGGGCCCGGCCCUCUAGGACGCGAUGCUGCUCCGCCCUUAGCCCAAGGGAGAGGUAAUAAAGAACGGAGGAUGCUCCCGUCUGCUGAGUAAAUGUCAUGGUGACUGCUGGGGUGGAUGCACUCAGGAAGAGAAGGGACGCACAAAGGAAAGCAAGCUCUCAGCUUAGAACAGGGGCGAGUGGGGAAGGCAAGCCUGCAACGUGAGAAAUUAAGACAGCAGGCACUUCCCAAGCCCAAGCUGUGCACCCCCACUCCACCCCAGCUUACCCUCCAUCAGUGCCACUGCCUGUAAUUGUGCAGAAAAAGUACAAGAACUUGGAGCUAUCCUGCAGGGGUUCUUGAGG